AUGGCAAGCCAACCUAACAGCCAGCCGGAAGCCGUUCCCGAGUCGAGUAAGCGAGGAGGCACUUCUUCGGCAAAGUCACCUAUACUAGGCGAGGUGACGGAUGAGACGAAUGCCGAAAUCAUAGCCUUGACCCCGUGGCUACAAACCGCUACGGAAUUUAUGGUCAGGGACGAUGGCCUGAUGGUUUAUAGUAACCGUCAGAUCUUCGAGGAGAGAUUUCGCAGUCUGCUUGAGAAACUGGGACAUAAAGAUAUGGUUGCUAAACACUUCUUACGCACAAUCGCACGCCCAACUCGGAUCUAUGGUAGCCACCCCGACCGUGUAUCAAUCCUGUAUCCACUUCGUAUACCGAGCGGUUCUUCUCCUCGAGCGUACCCAGAGAGCAACCCUGACUCAAUAUCGCUGAAGCUAGAAAUUGGAAAGUUCGUGGAGUUUAGGGACCCGCUAUUUGUCAAUGGCUUGUUGGAUUUCCUGCUUAUCCGCAUUGACGGCCGACGCAAUUGGCAAUAA